AUGGUUAACACGUGUUUCAAUGACGUCUGGCCUGUAGCUCCCGUUAAUGAGCCAACCGAGGAUUCCGCAACAAGAGGCCGCGGGAUUGGUUGGUCUUGGAGUUCUUCCCACAGUGCAAGCGACUCAAUCUCUCGUCAACCCCCCAUUGUGGUUGCGGUUCCCAAGGUGGGUGGAGCAGUAGGCAUUGAUGCCUUUUUUCGUCCCCUAUUGGGUCUUGUGAUGACUAGUAAUGAGAAGGAGAUGCUGGCUAAGUUUCUGAAGCUAAAGUCGCCUGUGUUCUAUGGUUCUGAGAGUGAGGACGCCUAUGACUUUAAUUUGGAUUGCCAUGAGAGGCUUCACAAGUUGGGUAUUUUUCAUGCUUUGUUUCUAGAAAAGUAUGUGCCUUGGACUUUGAGAGAUCAUAAAAAGGAUGAGUUCAUUGCUUUGGAGCAGGGUGGUAGAGGAGCAACGCAGCCAGGCAAGGAGGUCGUCCACCAAGAUGACAGGGCUCAGUUUUAUGCCUUUUCGAGCAAGACCGAGGCAGAGACAUCUGAUGUAAUUAUCACAUGUACUAUUCUUAUCUGUGACCGGAAACUGGUGGGGCUGGAGUGUUUGGCAUAUUUGGCUCAUAUUCGGAAUGUUGAGGCCGAGUCUCCCUCUAUUGAGUAUAUUCCUGUAGUGUCUGAAUUUGUUGAAGUGUUUCCUACCGAUUUGUCUGGUAUGCCUCCGAAGAGAGAUAUAGAUUUCUGCAUUGACUUGGAACCUGGUACUCGUCCUAUCUCCAUUCAUUCUUAUCGCCUGGCUUUAGCGGAGUUGAGAGAGCUUAAAGCUCAAAUUCAGGAGCUUUUUUAUAAAGAUUCCCAAAAGAUUGAAGCAGUCAAGAAUUGGGCCCAACCUAGCUCUAUAACUGAAAUUAGGAGUUUUGUGGGGCUUGCCAGCAGCUACUAUCGUAGGUUUGUGAAGAAUUUUGCUUCUAUCGCCACACAUUUGACGAGGUUGAACGAAAAGGAAGUACCUUUGAAGUGGACUGACAAAUGUGAAGAGAGCUUUCAAAAUGUCAAAGACUCUUCUGACCACAAUACAUAUUUUGGCACUACUGGCGAAAGACUGACUAAGUCAGCCCACUUCAUUCCAGUCAGAGUAGACUAUAAUAUGCAGCAGUUGGCUAAGGUGUAUGUGAAGGAGAUAGUGAGGUUGCACGGAGUUCCCCUUUCUAUCAUUUCGGGUUGUGGUACACAGUUCACAUCCAAGUUUUGGGGAAAAUUGCAUAAGGAGUUAGACACUCAAUUCACUUUUAGCAUAACCUUCCAUCCGCAAAGAGACGGGCAGUCAGAGAGGGCUAUUCAAGCGUUAGAAAACAUGUUGAGGGCCAGUGAGCAAGUUCUUCUUCUAGUGUCACCUAUAAAAGGGGUGAGGAGAUUCCGCAAGAAGAGCAAGCUUAGUCCUCGAUACAUUAGACCAUUUGAGAUUCUUCACUGUGUAGGGCCAUUGGCUUAUAGGUUGGCCUUACCUCGUAGCUUAUCUGGAGUUCAUCUAGUGUUUCAUGUGUCCAUGUUGAAGAAGUAUCAUGGGGACAGUGAUUACAUAAUAAAAUGGGACUCAGUUUUGUUAGAUAAAGACAUUCAGUAUGAAGAGGAACCAGUAGCAAUCCUUGAUCGUGAUAUCUGA